CGGCAGGCAGGGAGGCAAGGCGGGCAGGCCAAGGCGGGCAAGCCAGGCAAGGCGUUACAGCGCCGUGUCGCGAGGGGGGGGAUGCACGCCAGCACAAGCGGCGGCGGCGCGGCGGCGGCGGUGGCGGGGCUCGCGCCUUCCUUGCAUCGCCAUGCCAUUCACAAGAGCCUGCCAGGCCCACGCCGCGCGCUGAUUGGCUGGCAGGACAACUAACACAUCAUUUUACCUAGGCCGGCAUUGGCAGGCUGCCGCGCGAUUGUCUCAAAACCAGCCACUGUUUCCGAUUCUUCUGCUUGUCUUCGCAGGCACCAGAUUCUCUCCCCCUCCUUCCCUUCCCCCCACCACCGCCUUUCUCCCUCCCUCUCCCCUCUUCUUCAUCCUUGUCUUUCUGUUUUUGUCGGGGGGUGGGGAGGAAGAGGGUCUUCUUAUCCCCCCCUUUACUUUCCUCCCUUUGCCAGGUCCUCCUCCUCCUACCAAGCUCAUCCCCUAUCCUCCCCUCCUCCCAUCCCGUUUCUUCGUCUCUCGCAUCCCCCCUUCCAUCUCCGGCCUAUUUCUUACCAUCUCUUCUUCUCUACUUUCUAAUCACUCAGUGGCAGCGAGAGAAGGGGCUACGGUAGCUCGCCAUUCAGCCUCCGGCCUUCAGGAGCAAGCGCGCUCUCACAGCUGAGACAGGGGGAAACCGAUGCCGGAAAGACACGCGAUCAGCAAGGCUCUCGAUGGGGUCUGAACUCCAGCACCAGCACUCCGGCCUGUAGACGGCUCGUAGAAGGAGGGACCCGCCGCUGUCUCCUUACGCGGUGUCAACUCGAUUCCAUCACAACUUCCCCACCACCACCACCUACCCUAUUGGUCUGUGUGCUUUCCCCACCCCCCACUCUCAACCACCCCCUCCUCUCUCUAUUUCACGCUCCUUCUCUCUCGCCGACAGACUCGAUUCGUGUGACUGUGAUUCAAGCCAGAGGACUGUUUACCAGCUCGUUCCUCCCAGAGACAUCGCCGUUCUCAUCAUCUUGGAUUCUGGACGUGUUGGAACGCCAAGAUGGACAUUACUGACGGUUUAUAACAGUCGAUGAUCGUUCGAUUGAGACGAGGGGCGAGAAAGAGCUUCGCUGCCAGAAGAUUGAAAUUUAGCGCGCGAUCCGGUCAGCGACUGUUGCCCCUUCCGGGGUCAGAGGGCGAGACACGUGUUGUGUGUGUUUGCAUGUUCACCGCGUGCAGUGCAACGGUUUCAACCCCGUCCCCAUCCCCCGACAACGGUGCGGGGUGUACCACCGCUUGCUCUACCCGUACUGCGUAAAUCACCCUGAGCUGCUCUCAUUCCUCCACAAUGGGAUCAUCGCCGAGUGACUAUCUGCGUCUUGUUCUCGUCUAGCCAGCGAUGGGAGGAGCUGCCUUACCCAGGCUGUGAACUGUGGACAAUACAGUGAACUUUGUUGUGAACAGGGAGCCCAGUUCGUGUGUCCUCAACCAUCCUGCGCCCCCCACCCUCCACUCGCAUCCGUGUUUUCACGGCAGACUGGUUUCCCGAGACUGUCCUGUUACCUGCUCUGUCUCGGCUACCCACACCAUGCACGAAGCCUGCGCCCUGUCCGUCGUCUCGGUCAGGAGCAUGUCUUCUAAGCGAAAGAACACCCCGACCAAACUAGCCAAGGAUGACGGCCCGGUCUUUGAGCGGCAGACCGUGAACACCGCAGCUCCACUCACCCUGACUCCUCCGGCCCUCGCUCACCUGCCGUGGGACGACAAACUGCACCACCAACCCCAUCACCACCACUACCACCACCACCACUCUCUCUCCGACGACGGCACGCUGUCCACCCACAGCGACAAGGAUCUCAGCAGCGACAACAACAACCUCCCGGACGCCGUCGAGCUACAGGGACCACCGCCCGCCAAGCUUCGCCGCCGUUCGCAGGACAGCGCCGGUGCUGGUGACGUGAUCAUCGCGGGCAACGGAAGUGAUAGAGACGUGGACCAGGACGUAGAGGAAGCAGACGAUGUUAAUGGGGUGUGGUAAAGAACGUUGUGCCUCCCGCUUCCGCCGAGUACCUCCGCGACCCCUCAUCUCGCCUCCCAACCUCCUUUCGCUGGCUGGCGACGUCGGCAACUCCAUCAUAACCUCAGAACAGACAUCAUCCUCGUCUUCCUCGUCGUCGUCGUCCUCCUCCUGCGCCUCCGCCAUUGCCAUCACCACCGCUGCCGCCAACCUCAACGGGUCCAGGCCUCACCUCGGCCUGCUGCCGGCGCCUCAGCGGAAGUCGAUGGAGAGCGUGUUGCGGCGUCUGAACAGCUCGCGCGCGGCGGGUGACGUGGCGGAGAUGGUGACCCCUGACACGGGCAAGGUGUACAGCUCCGUCCACGCCGUGCUGGCCAGCGACGGGACGCUGCACGAAAAGGAGCGACAGAUCAGCGAGAUGAUCCUCCAGUUGCAGAACAUCAAGGAGAACCUCAGCCGCCAGAAGUCGGAGGAUACAAGAACCCCUUCGACUACAAGCCCUACGCCCAAGCCUUCGUUGACAACAGCAGUUUCCUCUGCAGUACCUCAGUCUAUGACCUCACCAAAGGUCACCGGCACAUUGUCCCCGCCCAUGCCCCCAACAACCUCACUGCUGUCAUCUUCACCAUUGUCUUCGUCACUGGCUGCAGCUUCAUCCUUACCAUCUCUGCAUGUAGAACCACAUAAAACGUCCCCGUCUUCACCCCUCAUGGCGGUGGCAUCUCCUUAUUAUGCAGUCCAGCCAUUGCCGGCCCCCACAGCUGUCAGACAGAUGACCCCCAUGGUCUCGGGUGCACACACCCCAAUCUUGGUGGGACCUGUGCCUGGAAUGUACCCCAUGCACUCCAUCCCAACCUCCAUGAACACCACCACCACUACUACAAUGAUCAACCACAACAUGGGCCACACCAGCACUGUUCCUGCCAAUGACCAGGACGCUCCUCUCAAUCUCACCAAGCCCAAACAGGAAAUCAAGUCAGAGACAAUCUCGGCUGAUUAUUUCACACAUCCUUAUGAGAAGAGCUCAAAACAAGAGCGGGUGGUGACCCCACCACCUGCACACAGCAACCAUCAUAAACGUGCUGCAGCCAUUCCCAUUGCUGUGACAGUGUCACAGCCUUCGCCACCUGCGCCUCCAGAGGUUUCAAAGUUUCUUGCCAGCAUGCAGCACUCACCAUUUGGGCUUCCUUCACAAUACAUGACCACUCCAUUCUUGAGUUUACCUUCCCAUAUUGGUUUACCAGCUUUUCCAGGACUGGCAGCGCAUCAUCCUCAGGCACACAACGGAAAGCUGUCUCCAGAAUCAGAAAAGGAUUCAUCUUACGUCCAGGAAAUGCUUGCGCAACAACUUGCAGCAUCAACAAACCCAGUGUUUCCUGGAAUACCCCAUCACAUGGCUUUGUAUGCCAGCACCCCCUCCCCUUCCCUGCCUCCACUCACCCCUCUUCCAUCUGCCAAAGACUGCUCUCCCAUGGCUGGCAGCUCAGAAGAUAACACCAGCAACUAUGUCCAACAACUGCAGAGCAAAAUGUUUGGUGCCAAAAUAAUCCGAGCUCAGCGUGAGAAGUCGGACCCCAGCAAACCUCACAUCAAGCGACCAAUGAAUGCAUUUAUGGUCUGGGCACGUGAAGAGCGUCGCAAGAUCCUCAAGGCUUGUCCUGACAUGCACAAUUCCAACAUCAGCAAAAUUUUAGGGGCAAAAUGGAAAGCCAUGUCAAAUGCUGAAAAACAACCAUACUAUGAAGAACAGUCACGACUAAGCAAAUUACAUAUGGAAAAGCAUCCAGAUUACCGAUAUCGGCCAAGGCCUAGGAAAAUGAAAGCCCAACAGCAGGCCAAGACGAUGCCCUCCUUGGUCCCAGAAUUCAAUGUCCCAUCAGCCAUUAUUUCCUCUCAAGGGAGAGAACUUCUUCCUCCCUUCAUGUUUGCAGGGGGGCUCUACCCAAGUUAUGGGUCCUUGUAUCCUCCUUGUGAGGAAAGUCCACGGCCAAAACGCACCUGCAUUGUUGAUGGCAAAAAGCUGAGAAUAUCAGAGUACAAGGCACUGAUGCGAACACGGAGACAAGACAUACGUCGAGUAUGGUAUGGAGAUUCACCAGGAUCUUUUGCUGAUGAACAUGAUGGUGCUAACUCUGGAGAGCCAGGGUUUGAUCCUGCACAGUUCCUUUCUGAUCCUUCAGCAAAAGGUUGCGAAGGGUCCACACCAGGCUCAGACCUCAACUUAGGCAGCCACAGCGAACAUUCGGACAAUCCAACUCCUGUGGCUUCUUCUCCAAAUGCACUCUUGCCCAAUGGCACAUGCGAGAUGGAUGACUCAGGUGACAUGGAGUUUGAUGGAAGCAACGAUGAAUCAUAUGCAGAUGCAGCUGAUGAUGAAGACUUCUCUCAUUGUGCUGAUGCAGAUGAGGCAGUGGUGUCAUCAGCAUAGUUUCGACUGGCAUUUUUUAACAGUGCAGGUUUCCUAUCAGGACAGCUGCUUUGCUGCAUUGUUCUCAGAAUCCUGUCUGCAGUUGAAGCAGUGUUUGGUUGUUUGCUUGCAAUGUCAUUGUUGCUGAGCACACAAAAACUAUAUAUGCUUUCUCAUCUCUGACAUUGCUGCCAUGUUGAAUGUUCUGAGAAAGAUUCAUAUAGCUGGCAAUACACCUUACGGUCAUUGCCAAUUUUCCACAGCUUGUCUGCCAGGCAUCAGCUCAAAUGGCCCUAGAACUUCGAUCCUGUUACACAUUACACAUAACUGAGAAAAGUUAAAUGGAAAAAGAAAUAACACCCAACAAAGACUGUACCUUGCAAUGGAUAAGCUGCAGAAUGAUAUCAGGGAAAGUACCGCUGAACUGUAUUAACAAGUGAAUAUGUGAAAAUAAGCACAUUGACUUAAAAUAAUGUGGCUUUACCUGUGACGGCAAGGCAGAGGGUAGAUGCCAAACCUGCAGUGACUGUACGCAUCUGAAUAUUCUCAAAAACUUGUGGCAUCAGCUCACAGCAUCACCUCAGCUGUGUGCAAGAACAGUCAAAGGGAGUGAGUCGUGGAUGCAGCAAGAACCGUCUUGGCAUGAGCAUGAAAACAAUAACCACAUUUUCACCAUUUGAAAGGAUAAAGAAAUUGUGAGACUUCUCGUACACAGGGAAAGAUGGUUGUGUGGAAACACACUAGUACUUUCAAGGGAUGGCAUACCUAUAUACUGGUUACACAUGAUAAAACUUUUGGGUCAUGAGAUAAAAAUGAGAGAACAUACAAAGGAACAAUAUGUGUUCAGCAUGAUCAGCAAAAGCUGAUAAAUCCACUUAAUUUCAAAGCCCUUACCAGACUAUGCCCCAUCUGUGUCACAGGAGAAAUGACUUGUGUGUUAACAGCUGUCAUGAACAGUUUGUUUCUAUUUUUUUUUUUUUUUUGUUGGACUCAAAAAUAAACGUGGAGGAAACUUUUUUAAGGUUUCACAAAGGCAGGACACCGUUUUGUAUGCUCUCAUUUUUGUACUUGGAAACAAUGUACAUGAGGGUAUUCAGAUAUUUACAUUUUAAAGACAUUUGAUGAUUCAAGGUGUUCCUGCUGUGCUGAGAAAUUCCUUAUGUUUUACAUCUCCACAACUGUUGACAUGAUCUCACCACUUUGGAAGGAAAUGACAUUUAAGAAGUAAAUUGAAACAGGGCUGAUCCCCUACAAGUGCAACACAAAAAAAUUGUAUCACUUUCUUAAAAUGAUUGUUAUAAAAGCAACUGUGCUUAGUAGAAUCGUCAUUUACUUGUUUUGCACAAAAUAAGUUUGAUCAAUUCAGCAUCAUCAUCUCAGAGAAAAGACUACGCACAUUUUUCCAAGCUUGCGAGAUAAGGUAGAUAGGAUUUGACGAUGCAUCAGUAGAAGGUGCAAGAAUUUUAUGUUGUAUCCCAUGUUGCAUCAUCUGCAAAGAUCACAUGAGUGUUUGCCUGCAUUUGCUAUCUUUGUUCCUUUUUUCUUUAGGAAUUGAUAGAUGGCCAAUCAGAUGCUACAUCACGAGGAGGAAAAUUUAGUAUGUUAUUUUCAUUCUGACAUCUGUCCUCACACUUUUCCAAGAAGUUAUUUUUUCAUUAUAGUUUUUUGUUUAAAAAAAGAUGCUUUUAUCCUUUGGCUUUUUAUAUAAUUAUGGUUUGUUUAAGAAGGUUUAUGGAUGAAUGUCAAAGACAUUUUGUUUAUGAAAAGUGUCAUCUUGAAAAUUCCCCACUAUAAUAUUCUGCAGUUCUCUUAGUCAUCUGCAACUCAAAACUGCAAAUCUUCUCAUUCAAAAGAUAGCAUAAGACAGCAAAUGAGGUAUUAAUAAAGUCCUUCUUUAUUAUAGUAGUUAGUGAUCUCAAGUGAACAAAGGUUAGGAGACAAUCUUUCCUAAAUGCUGCAUUCCUGAGUUCAGAUAUUUGGAUACAUAGAACAUUUUGUGAAUACCUAAAGAAGAAUUUUAAAAUGGAUCAGCGAGUGUAAUGGAGGUCAAAUUACACUGGCACUGGCAUGCCAAAUCACUAUUUUAAAUAAGUUGUUCAGUGUGAAUGCAAAGAGCUGAUUAAUAAACUGAGGCUCCAGUAAUAAUACGACUAUGUAUGAUACUAUCUCUGUGUUCAAUGAUCACACUUCAUUGGUCUAGAAAUUGUUUUAUUACGUGCCAAAUGGAUUAUUGCGUAGACUUCCUUGUGGCAGACUAUACUUCUAUAUAAAAACACAGAUCACCCAUUUAUGCUAGAUGGUACAAACAGAUGUUUCAUAAAAUGUUCUACAGAACUUUUGUAUCUUAGAGUGCCAUUUAUUUUGACUGAAGCAAACAGCAUGUUUAUAUAUUACUAUCUCCUUCAUUGUCAAACGUCUUCAAUGAUUGUGCAACAAAUCUCAGAAAGAGGACAAAGUAAGAGUUACUGUUUGGGGCAGUCAAUGAUGGUAAAGCAGUUGAUCUCAACAACGAUUUUUGAAGUGGUAUUUUAGAAUACAAUGUACAUGUAUCACAAUACAACAGGGUAGUCUGGCCACUGCAGUAUUCAGAUGUCUGCCAUUGUGGGAAUAAUAGACACCAAACUGGCAUGCUCUUGAAAAAGAAAGUUAAGCAUGUUCUUGGUUUCUUUGAUCAGGUAUGUGUACAUUCACAGCAUAUUGAUAUACUUACCUUGUAAACUUCCUCCCUAGUUUUGCUGAACAAAUGAUUUCAUCAGAUGGUGCUUAGACAAUGUCGUAUUUUAUUAUAUGCAUGUGUGGGUGAUUCUGGGAGGUGGGGAGAGCUGCAGCUAGAAUACUACACAUGAGAGAAAGGAAUGUUUGUUAGUUUGCAAGAGGCUGAAUGCACAUACAAAUGUAUGUGAGAAAUUCUUGUUGCCUGUUAAUAAUUAUAUAACAAAAAAAUAGAUGUUUAUUCCAUAUGAAAAUGGUUAUCUCCAAGAAAGAAGCCAAUUAUCUGCCAAAACAAUCAAUAUUAUCCAAUCUUAUACAAGUUCCUAAGGGGACUGUUUUCCUAUUCGGAGCAACGCAAUGAGCAAGACAAGGAUUUUUGCCUUGCUUUCGGUGUCUUCCAUUUGAUACCCUUUAGCUGGUAGUUUGUGUGCACUAAAUCUGCAGCAAUUUUAUUGCAGCUUGCAGUGGUAUGAAGAGCACAAAACUGCAUGAACCCUUUGGUUAUUGUAUUUUAUUCAUCCUAGAAUAAACCUUAGUAGUUCAGUUUCUUAAGUCGCACGAUGUAUCCUACACAUACACUGAAUGUACAGUUGCAUAUUCUAGAAAGGUCUCAUUAUGCUUGAAAUGGCAUUGUACACAGUAUGUUACUGCACAUGUAAAUUGAUGACAAUCUGCUGUGCAAAGCGGUGAACUCUUUUCUUCAGAACAAGUUUCUAUGGAUAGCAACUGGGUAUAACAUAUAACUAAAUUAUGCAACAACUAUAUCCCCUGAACUGAUCUCGUUUUUGUAUGCAUGUCUACUUGUUGUCAAACUAUUUAUUGGCAUCCAACUAUCACUAUACAUUUGUUUACAUGCUGAACUGACUUCAGCUUCUAACUGCAGCCUGUUUGUGACAAAAUCACCAUGGAAGCGAAACCAUUGGUGAAGACAGGAAUAAGUGUACAACAUGAUCUACUGUUGAGUGAUACCCCUUAGAAAGGAAAUGCCUCAGUAGAGCUUUGAACCAUGCUGUUUUGUUUCAAGUCACACUGAACAUAACUGAGGGAUCAAAGUCUUGUUCAUAAUUCAAUUACAGGAGAAAUGGAACAGCUCAUGUUGUUAAUAUGUAAGUCACCAAGUUGGAGAAUUGCUGUAUGACUGCGCCAAGAAAUGAUUGCCAGAACGCCAUGUUGCUCAAACGGAUUCAAAAACUAUACAAAUGUUUCCUUUCUGCAUGUAUAUCUUUAUCAUCUGUAUUUCUCUUUCUUCUUCAUAUCAGUGUCCACAUAAACUCCAAAUUAGUUUUGUCAUAUGAAUGUUCUUACAUUUUUUUUGUUUACACUUUUAGAGCCAGAUUUAAAAUUUUAAUGCCACUUUUUCAGUUUUCAUAUUGGAAAGUUUGUUUGUUGCCUUAUUUAGUGUAUUUUGAAAGUAUGAACUGGUGCUUUUUGACUGAUCUCGAGACUUUCUCACACUUCUGUCUGAAGGUUAACACAUUCAGUUUGACAACAUUCACAUUAUUGUAUCGAUCUAAGUAGCCUGGGUUAGUUUCCUUAGUAGAGCCUUAAUCUGCUCUAAAGGUAUGCUUUUUCUUUAUGACAUCUUACCCUAGAACACAGGUGAGGUUACAACAUGCCUAAAAUGUAGUGAGUUCAGGUAUAAAUUGGUAAAAUUACUUAAAUAAAAUAAUUUUUAAAACUAUUCCAAAAGCAAGCAUUUUUACUUAUUUUGUUUCAUUUUAAAUGUUAUCAAAUAUUUAUGUUAUAUUGGUGUUACUUAUCAUCUAAUGGCUCUUUUACCUUGUCUGAGUUUUUUUUUUUUCAUUUGUUCUCAUCUUACUCCUUUUCCUACAGCAUAAAUCGUAAAAAAAAAAAACCAAAAAAAAAAACCCCCUCAGAUUUGUAAGCAUCAUUGACACCAUCCAAAGCAGAUAGUUUUAGGAUAAAUUAGUUCUAAGGGAAAGUAUCAUCCUCCAGUGUUGAUUUGUGCUAUCCUACUGCCAGCAAUAGGAUCUAUCAGUGGUUCAUGAUCAGUAUAAGAACAAUUAACAAUUCAUUAACUGCAAUUGCCACCCCCAGUGCAACGUACCUUGUAGUGGCUUGCAUGCCUCGUCAAUCCACAGAGUUAUGUCAGCUGGAACCUUGUGCUCCUUACAGGUCUAGCCAAGCCGAACAGGUCUGUUAGGGGAGAGGCCAGACUAAAAUGUUGCACCCUGGCCCUCCAGGCUGGGGGUUUUGCUUUGGGCUAACAACCCACAUGUAAAGAAAAAAAAAAGCUGUUAACAGAAACCACAACAGUACCACAACAAUGGUGGGGCCAUGUGCUCCUUGAGGAGUAACAAGGAGUAAACUACUUGCAACUGUAGAAUAGUCCAUCAACACUCAAGCAGGUAUUAACUUUCUCCAGAAUAUCAUAUAUCAUCAUUUUGCAAGAACAUGUACAAGAUUUAGUCCUCCCUGAUAUGCCCACAACAAGUGCACAAACAUCAAAUGACAUCAUGCUUUAUGUAUAUAUCUUUCAGUCUUAUUGGUUUAAAAAAAAAAAUACAUGCAAAUGCCAACUAGUUUACAACUACCAAACCACCUCAGGAGUUUUUAGCUGAGCAUCUGGCAUUUUAAUAAUUUAAAUACAUUUUCUACUUGAAUUAUUAGUAUCUUAAAACAUGUUCAUGUGAAAGCAAAAACACUUGAAAUUACAGGUAACUGACUUUUGUAAUAAAAUGUUAAUAGGUAUGACCUGUAAUAAGCUGUUACCUCUUAUGAAGAAGACGGUAGUCUGCAAGAUUGUACUAUACCCAUUUGCACUGUGUUCAACAAAAGUUUUAAGAUCUGACAUCUGUUCAUGUUAUAAAAUUUUUAUCAAAUGUUACCAGUCUGUGCUUUCUGUCUCUCACUGUGUGCAGUGCUUUAUUAUGCAUUUUAAUUUUGUCUUCACAGUGUAUAAGUUGCCUCUUUUACUUAUGUCCUGCCGCUAGAUCUGUAAGGUUUUAUUUACCAUAGAUAUUUAGUAAAGACCUUGAUCACUACUUCUUAAAGAUAAUGAAGUGUACAUUCUCAAGUUUGCACUUCAUUAAACUUAAACUAGUGGAAUCAAUUUUUCUUGCUGCUGGGCACUCUGUGCUAUAAGUAGAUGCAGUACAAGUCUUUCUGAUCGAUAUGAUGCCCCAGAUCAGUAGUUUUACAUAAACCUACAUUUUUGAAAACUGUCAAAUUGAUCACUUCUGUGUAUACAAAGCAAUAAAUUUAUAGAUGCAGAUGAUAGGUGCAUGUGUGAAUAUGUGUGCAUGAGUGUAUAUAUGAAUGAACAAGUUCUAAUGCAUGGGAUGUUGAAAAUGAUGUAGUAAACAUCAUGUAAAGUGCAAAGUAUGUUUGAUUUUAUGUACUGUUUGAAUAGAAUAACAAUAACAGUUUUUAGAUAAUUUACAUAAUUAAGUUUUGCUAAAUAAAUAUUUUGAUGGAAACUUUUUUGGAAUUAGUAUGGACUUGUAAAAUAAUUUUCUGUUCAAUUAAUGCAAUAAUGGUCAAAAUAGACUUUCUGAAUCAAUUCUUUUUAUAUCACCAUGUCUGUUCUCUGUGAGUAAACAUAUAAAACAGACCACGUCUCAGGCUAAAAAAUGAAUACCUUCUAUAUGAGCAUCGAAUGUUGUUUACAGUUUUGCAAGCUAUUUUUUUUUUUUUUUUGCACUUCUUUGCAUCCUAACAAAUGCCACAUUUUGUGAUAAACAUUCUGAACACGUUUUUGUAAAGUGUUUGAAAUUUUAAUAUAUUUUUCUUUUUUAUAAGUUUACAAUAAUCAGAAGAGCUGCAGAAGAUUCGGUUGUUUGUCCAUUGUGACAUGAAAUCAUACAAGGGUUAAUUUGUGGAAAAUUCUCUUAUUCAGCCAAAUCUCUUUAAAAAGGGGGAUGGAACUAAUAGUAUAUUAAACGAAAUGUUCACAUUUUAAAGGGAGAACAUAUGUUACUCUCUCCAUUAAAAUCCAUCUGAUAAGAAUGUCUUGUGGUAAUCCUGUCUGUACAGAAACAGAACACCCUCUUUUUACGUAGCACAUUGUGGGCUUCCAAUUAAUGCACUCCAUAGCAAGCAGUGUUGUUCCCCUAACCUUUACCUUGAGAAUGUGUCAAAAAUCAUGACUUUGACUAGAGAAGAUCACUCUACCUUACUCUUCUUCUAUAUUCUCUGGAAGACCAUUUAGGUUGUUUGCCCCAUAAACAGAACGGGCAAAACAACUGCCACAGACUAGGUCAAUGAUUGUAGAUUUAAAUUAUUUUAUAUAAAUGACUUUUAUACAAAAGAUUAGGUUUUGAAAAGCAUAUUCUGGGUCUGGCUUGUUUGUGUUAGAUACAUUAAUUAAAAUUUUAGGGUGUUUUGGAUGUCUUUAUAGGUUCUGUAUUUGAAAGACAUCCCCACCUGGAAUGAAUUGUUGAUUAAAAAGUGAUGAUAAAUGUGAUUAGGCAUAAUUUGUUGUGUCCUUAAUGUAGUGUAGAUUUUAAAAAAAGUUUCAUUUGGUUAAAUGAAAUCUUUUUUGUCUGUAAUUUGUACAUGUAAUCUUUACUGGACCAAUGUAUGUAAAAGUAGUUCUGUUUCACUUUUUUUUCAUAAAAAGCCUACCACUGGCUGUUCUUGACAUAAUUGCUUUUUUACUUGUUUGGAAUGAUGGUGAUAUGAUAGAACCUUGCCAGGAAGCGAGGAUCAUUGUGUGUGCUCAGGUUCUGCAAAAUGUCUUCAUCUCUAAAACAAGUUGUUCAGGCGUUGGCUACAGAGGUAGUUUGUUCAGCUCUCAUGACACUUUGUGCAAGCAGUUUCUGCCAUUGGUUUCAGUUGUUAUAGAUCAGAUAUCACUUGCUGGAAGGUUUUAGAAAUAAAACUAAAAUCCACAGAAUUAAUAGAAAGGGUAAUGGUUUACAGAGAAUUUAAACUACCGACUGACAUAUAGUCCUGAAUAUUGCUGUGAGUGAAACUCUGCUCAUCCAAACACUACUCAUAUGUUCACUCAUAAUCUCCCAUCACGCCAUUCGUUUCCUGUAACCCUUAACCUUGACGAGGCUCAGACCUGUCUCUGCCUAAUACGUGUCAUGGCCGUGCAUGUGUUCCCCAUUCACUAGACAGUGAGGCAACAUUACUACCCUUGCUACCACCGCGCCCAUCUGAUACCACUGUACUGACUUGUAUUGUUCCAUAUUUGUAUUGUACUGUAUUGAUCAACUACACUUUGACUACAAGCAAAACGAUUGCGCUUCGGACUCAAUAAACUCUAUAGUUGCAAGGUAUAGAUUUGAUACUAUGAUUUUUUCCUUGUGGAGAGAAAUAAAUGCCGACGAACUUUC